AUGGAUAAUCGGGUACACAGGACCCCGUCGCCGGGGCACCCGCUCCAACACGGCUAUCAGCUUGACGACAAUCCCUACGAUGACCGCCAUGCGACACAUCUGCAGAUGCCCUCCGGACCUACCCGCUAUCACAGCCCAAGCGACAACUUACAAUUGAACGCUGCUCACUCGGUCGAUAACCUCAGCAACACGUACGAUCGAAACUACCAAGGACAGGGAGGAGACUAUAGUGUCAACCCUGAACAACACCAUGACGGCUACUACAACCAGCCGUACGAACCCCACCCUAAUGACGGUUACGAUUAUGACGACAACCGGCCGAUGCUUGGACACCAAGAUUCCAUGAGCGAAGCUUACCGAGAUCCUAUUGAUUACCACUCACCUCAAGCGCAGCAGCAGCAACAACAGCAACAGGGUGGUCUUGGAAUUAAGCGAUGGAAAACGGUGAAGCAGGUGCUGCUAUACCGCGGUAACCUCGUCCUCGAUUGUCCCGUGCCCCCCAAGCUUCUCAACCAACUUCCCCAUGGCGAGCGCGACGAGUUCACUCACAUGCGAUACACCGCUGCCACCUGUGACCCUGGCGAAUUCUACGAAAGCAACUUUACGCUGCGCCAAAAGCUUUUUAGCAAGCCACGACCGACCGAGCUCUUCAUCGUUGUCACCAUGUAUAACGAGGACGAGAUUCUGUUUGCGAGAACUAUGAUUGGUGUUCUGAAGAACGUCGAGUACAUGUGCAACCGGACCAACAGCAAGACUUGGGGCAAAGACGCUUGGAAAAAGAUCGUGGUUUGUGUUGUGAGUGACGGUCGUGCGAAAAUCAACCCCAGGACGCGGGCACUCCUUGCUGGUAUGGGCGUGUACCAGGAGGGUAUUGCCAAGCAACAGGUGAACGGGAAGGACGUAACGGCGCACAUUUACGAAUAUACGACCCAGGUGGGCAUGCAGAUCAAGAACGACACUGUCCAGCUUAUUCCUAAGCAGCAGCCCGUUCAGAUCCUCUUCUGCCUCAAGGAGAAGAACCAGAAGAAGAUCAAUUCCCAUAGGUGGUUCUUCCAGGCCUUCGGCAGAGUUCUAGACCCCAACAUCUGCGUUCUCAUUGAUGCCGGUACCAAGCCUGGUGGCCGGUCUAUCUACGAUCUGUGGAGGGCGUUUGACCUCGAGCCCAUGUGCGCCGGUGCAUGUGGUGAAAUUAAGGCCAUGUUGGGAACUGGUGGAAAGAAUCUACUCAACCCUCUGGUUGCGACGCAGAAUUUCGAGUACAAGAUGAGCAACAUCCUCGACAAGCCUCUCGAAUCCGCCUUUGGUUUUAUUUCUGUGCUGCCCGGUGCUUUCUCCGCUUACCGAUACGUUGCGCUCCAAAACGACAAGAAUGGCCAAGGACCCCUGGAAAAGUACUUUGCCGGCGAGACCCUUCAUGGUGCUGGCGCCGGUAUCUUCACAGCCAACAUGUAUCUAGCAGAAGAUCGUAUUCUUUGUUUCGAGCUUGUCACCAAGCGCAACUGCCACUGGAUCCUGCAAUACGUCAAGUCCGCCACUGGUGAGACUGACGUUCCCGACACGGUCCAGGAGUUGAUUCUGCAACGACGUCGUUGGCUGAACGGUUCUUUCUUCGCGGCUAUCUACGCCAUCGCCCAUUUCCACCAGUUCUUCCGGUCUGAUCAUUCCAUCUUCCGCAAACUCAUGUUCUUCAUCGAAUUCGUCUUCAAUACCAUUAAUAUGAUCUUCGCCUGGUUCGGUCUCGGUAACUUCUUCCUUGUCUUUAAGAUUCUCACGACGAGUUUGGCCGACGACAAACUACUCGGGCAAGUGGGCAAUAUUCUGGGGAUUGUUUUCGCCUGGCUGUACGGAAUCUCUCUCAUGACUUGUUUCGUUCUCUCUAUGGGUAAUCGUCCCGCAGGAUCUGGCAAGUUUUACGGUAUUAUGGUUUAUUUCUGGGCCAUCAUCAUGGUGUACCUGAUGUUUGCUGCCAUCUUCAUCUCAGUCGAUGCAAUUCGCAGAGACGUUAAUGACGAAAACGGCUUCAGUCCUGAGGAUUUACUGAAGAACCCGGUCUUUUACAACUUGAUCAUCUCCGUGACCGCCACGUACGGAAUCUGGUUCAUAGCUUCUCUUCUCAUGUUCGACCCCUGGCACAUGGUUACUUCCCUGAUUCAGUACGUUUUGCUCACGCCUACAUACGUCAACGUCCUCAACGUCUACGCCUUCUGCAACACCCACGACGUCUCGUGGGGUACCAAGGGUGACGACAAGGCCGAGGCAUUACCCUCAGUUUCCACCAAGGAUGGCACCGGUAAGACGGACCUGCCUGACGAGGGCGAUCUCGACGCGCAGUACAUGAAGGAAUUGGCCGUGUUCCGCGAAAAGCCCAAGGUCGAGAAGAAGGCGCCCACCCCGGCGCAGCUGGAAGAGAAGCAGAUGGACUACUACCGUGCCAUUCGAUCGAUAACGGUGCUUGGAUGGAUGAUUUCCAACUUCGCCCUUAUCGCCGCUGUGCUCUCGGCGGCCGGACUGGACCACAUCGUCCCCGGCAGUGACUCGGACGAGGAUCAGCGGGUGAAUAUUUACAUGAGCGUCGUCUUGUGGAGCGUUGCGGGUCUCAGCGCUUUCAAGUUCAUCGGCGCCAUGUGGUUCCUUGUUGUUAGGAUGUUCCGAGGUGUAUAA